GAUAAAUCACUGGUAGAGGAAAAUAAGAAACUAACCGAACAAUUAGGCCAAGAAAAAAAGCAAAAAGAGCAACUUUCAGACCAAUUAAAAAGUGUGGAAACAGACUUACAAAUAGAAAGAAAUGCUAAAAAUUUUAUUCAGCAAAAUCUCGACCAAGAAAAAUUUGCUGCUGCUAGUUUCCAAGACCAACUCGAGCAGUUGACCCAAGAUAGAAAUAAUUUUCAAAAUCAAUUAGCAGAAGCCAACAAGGCAGGCUGGAAAGAAAUUUGA